UUGAUUGGUAUCGACAACGAUCGACAAUGAUCGAUUUUUAUCCACUAUCGAAAUAAUCGACAUGUUACGUCGUGUUAUAUUUCACGCACGCAUCGAAAAUCUCAAACAAACAUUGACGGUCUUAACAAUCAAGAGACUGGCAUCACAGUUCAGCGUUUGCAAAUGGGGUUAUGCAUUUCUUCGCAACCGCAAGAUUAUGAAGGCUUCAAGCGAUACGAUGGUGGAACCUUGCUUUGUUUCAAGCACGGAGAAGGGACGUACCUAUACGAAAAUGGCGACAUGUACAAGGGUGAAUGGAAAUGGAACAAAAAGCACGGACAUGGUGUUUAUACGCAUGUGAACGGAGAAAUAAAACGAGGUUAUUUUUAUCAAAAUGAAUAUAUUGGACAAGACCCGGGUAAUUUGUUUGCUGCAACGUCGUGUUUUGCGGGAUUUUCUGGAAAAAGCUCGGAAAAACCACUGGCAAGUGACGAAGAAAUAAGGAACCAAAUAAGACUGGACGUCAUGAGAGGAAGGGAAGAGGAAAGAGCUUCGCAAAGAGAGGAAAGACGAAAACGGAGAGAUGAAUUGCGACAGAAAUAUAAUCUCUAAUGAGAAUCACGGAAAUCUUCCAAAAUUGAAAUAUUUAAACUCUCUCAUUAAUCACCAUGUAAUGUUUAAAGAGAAGAGAGAGAUUUUAAUACCUAGAAAUAUUUGCAUAAAAGAAAAAGAAACUGCGAUCAGGCGUUCUUCGUCGAAAACAGAACGCCUGAUCGCAGGUUAAAGAAAAUCAAUUUGUAGAAUCCUCGGUUAAUGUCUUUUUCCGCACGAGACAGUGGUUGUACUCGGAGCUACUCGGCAUAAAACACCCUCGUGUAUAUCUUUCACAUGGAACAUUUCUUAAAAGUAUUGUGAAUUUCAAAAAGUAUUGAAUUUCUAUCCUCAAUACGCUUCUGUCGUGUAUAGCCAUUAUUACCCUGUGAGCAGAGUCUCUUUAUAUCGAAGGAGGCUCUGCUCCAGGGUAAGCCAUUAUCUGUGCAUAAAGCAAACUAUAAUGAUUAGAUUGCAAACUCAGUAUAAACCGUCAUCAGUGUUUAGCCAUUUUACUAGGAAAUAAAAAGAAACUUUUAGUUAG